UACCACCUCCACGUCUGGUACUAUCGCGUUCGCUUCCUCGUUGCUUCUUCCUCCCUCGAAGAAGUCCCCAACGCGAGAGGAAAGCUACAGACGGAUUUAGGGCUUCUUCGUCCUCUUUCCUGACGAUUUCUCGCUUCGUUUGUUCAUCCCGUGGGGGUUUCUGAUCUAGAAUUCGGUUCCCCUGUAGAUAGACAGUGAAAUCUGCCACAGAUGGACAGGGGCGAAGAAGAGACGAUCCCUAGUGAUUCAGACCCUCUCAUUGAGAGGACGGAUGAGGCAGACACAAUUCCCCAGCUCUCGCCACCACAGCCUGCGACCGUGAGUACGCUGGAGAUUGAAGACGAGGAGACCGAUGGUUCUUCGGCCGCGUGCUGCCGCAUUUGCCUUGAGGCCGAGUCGGACAUAGGUGAUGAGAUGAUAUCACCUUGCAUGUGCAAGGGAACUCAGCAGUUUGUUCACCGUUCAUGCCUUAACCAUUGGAGGUCUGUGAAGGAAGGAUUUGCUUUCUCACACUGCACAACAUGCAAAGCUCAAUUCCAUCUUCGAGUGGAAACUUUGGAAGAUAACUCAUGGCGUAAGAUAAAGUUCCGGCUCUUUGUCGCAAGAGAUGUUAUACUUGGUUUUCUUGCUGUUCAAAUUACUAUUGCUAUCAUCAGUGCUAUUGCAUACUUCCUAGACAGGGACGGAAGUUUCCGAAACAGUUUCAGUGAAGGUUGGGAUCGCAUUUUGUCAAAGCAUCCAAUACCAUUCUACUACUGCAUAGGUGUUGUGGUUUUCUUUGUACUGCUUGGCUUUUUCGGGUUGAUAGUGCACUGCUCGUCCUUCAACGACAACCAAGACCCGUGCCUAGCUGGGUGUCGGAACUGCUGCUACGGUUGGGGCAUCUUGGACUGCCUCCCUGCUUCUUUGGAGGCUUGCUUUGCACUGGUGGUGGUUUUUAUCGUCGUAUUUGCUAUCCUUGGGAUUGCCUACGGAUUCCUGGCGGCAACCAUGGCUGUCCAGAGGAUCUGGCAGCGGCACUAUCACAUCCUGACCAAAAGAGAACUCACAAAGGAGUACGUAGUGGAAGAUCUGCACGGCAGCUACACGGCGCCGAAGCUUGAGCCGGAGCACGAGGAGCGGCUAAAAAUGCUGAAGCUCAUGUAGCCUUUGUGCAUAUCCACAAGAAAUGGCCAUCUCGGCCACUGUAUAAAUCCCGACGGUAUCUCCGAAAGGAUUUGCCGGUAGUGUUGUUAAGUUGUUGAAGAAGUACGCUGAUACCACCCAAAACUACUGCUCUCUGAAUUAAAAUCUUGCGAUCUCUUUUAUAUACAUCUGAAUAAAAUGUACUUCCUCCA